AUGGACGCUUCAAAACUCCAUGGCCAAUAUUUUGUACUACCAACUAAGAACAAAUAUGUCAUUACAUUUCAGGAGGAUGGUAUGAGAUAUCUCAUAGGAAUGAGUGUAACCAAUUAUGUGUUAUCUCAUACCAACUGUACAGAUAUCAGAUUCCACAAAAUACAUUUCACUACAGAUGGAAUAUCAUCACUGAUUAUAACGAAAUAUACUACCCAUAAGAGUAACUCAAGAAUGGUAUUUCACCAUCCGAUGUUGAUUAGGAAGGAUCUUUUCUCAGAGAUAUUUAGUGGAUUUACGACAUACCAAGGAUUGCCAUUCGUUGCUAAAAGUGAAUUAGAGAAAUUGUGCUCUAAUCUCAAGAACAAAUAUUCUACACUAUUUGUAUUUGAUAAAGCAUACACAUUUCAGGACAUCAACAACAUACCAGAAUAUAAAUUAGGAAAGAAAGAGGAAGAGAAGAAAAAGAAAAGCACUGUAAAGCCAGUCAAGGAGAAGAAAGCAAUGUUGAUGCUUGUGAUAUUGCUUGGAAUAUUGAUAGUAAUAAUGCUGAUUUUGAAUAUCAAAAUAAAACAGAAAUAA